GUUAAGAAUAAUAUAUAGUUAAAAGUUCUGAUGUUGAAAAAAUAUUGAAGAAAGAAAAAUCGAUUCCCGAUUUUUCAAGUAAAAAAUCGAUCCGGAGAAAAAUCAUACAAUAGAGAAUCGAUUCAAAAGAUCGAUCUUUUGAUCAAAAGAAUCGAAUCAGAAUCGAAUAUUGCUAAUGCAACAAGUACAUGUCAUUUGUAAUAAAUACGGAUGUAUGCGUAAGAUGAAAAAUAAUUUCUAAAUUUCUAAAUUAACAAUAAAAUAAAAAAAAACAAUCCAAUUAAUUGUGAAAAUUGUAAAACGGCGUAUAAUUAAAUAUAUUUCGUGCGACGAAUCAGUACAAUUAGAAAAUCCAUCAUUUAUGAAUAUUAUAGGCAAAAUUCACUUUGUCUUUUUCAUCUCUUUUCAUUUUUCUAAAUUACUUUUAGGCAUGGCUGCUAGAAAUUUUUUAUUAUUUAAGCAAAAUAUCAAGUGAGCAAUACAUCAAUAUAUACCGAAUUAAGUUAUUUCACCAAUUUAGUAAUUUUAAAAAACAUUUUGUUUUACUCAAAUUUAGGAUAAGAAUUGCAAAAAGAAAGAUUAUUACAAACAUCGAGUAACAAGCAUUAUAUAUCAAGUAACAUAUACAUUUCUUAAGCUAUUUCUUUAAUUCGUUUGUUAAAGAUUCGUUUACGAAUAUGUAAUGUCAGAACGCGGAUUAUUCCUUUGUUUCGGUGCCCUAUUUAAUAACGUUUUAUCUUAAGAAAAACAAAUAUUGUAACGAUGCGAGAAGAUAAAAUGUUUAAUCAGUGCUACCGACAAAGCCAAUUAGAUCGUUAUAAAUAUCAUUUAUAACCUUGCCUCCAAUUUAAUCUGUAGUAGACGAACGUCAGGAGAAUAAUACAGGAGAACUUUGUAAAAGUACUGAUGUUUAUAAUUCUCAUGCUAAAAUAUUGAGAAGUUAAUACAUUAUUAAAAUUAAAAGUGCCAAUGAAACUUUAUAUAUAUUAAAGUAUAUAACUAAAAAUGAAGUUUGCAGAACAUCUAUCUGCUCAUAUUACGCCUGAAUGGCGUAAGCAGUAUAUUAGUUAUGAGGAAAUGAAAGCAAUGCUUUAUACUGCAGUGGAGGAGGCACCUUCUUCAGAAAGUGUAGAACCAGAAGUGAUACAAAGGCACUUUGCUUCUUUCGACGAAGUAUUUUUUACAUUUUGUGAUCGUGAAUUGAAAAAAAUUAAUACCUUUUAUUCUGAAAAAUUAGCAGAAGCAACACGUAAAUAUGCAGCAUUACAAAAUGAAUUGAAGACUGCUUUAGAAUUGCAACAUGGCAGUGGAAAAAACAAAGGAAAACCUAAUACCAAACCUUAUCUACCUACAAGAAAAUUAAGAGAAUUGAAACUUGCAUUUUCAGAGUUCUAUCUUUCUCUUAUACUUUUACAAAACUACCAAAAUCUUAAUUAUACUGGAUUUCGUAAAAUUCUUAAAAAGCAUGAUAAGUUAUUGUCUGUGGAUAGUGGUUCAAAAUGGAGAGUAGAAUGUGUAGAAAUAGCUCAUUUCUAUACUUCAAAAGAUAUAGAUAAGCUUAUACAAGAAACAGAGACAACCGUAACAAAUGAUCUUGAAGGUGGAGAUAGGCAACGUGCUAUGAAAAGACUUCGUGUGCCACCUCUAGGUGAACAUCAGAGCCCGUGGACUACUUUUAAAGUGGGAUUAUUUUCUGGAAGCUUUAUAAUCCUGUUUAUAGCGGUUGUUCUCUCAGCAAUAUUCCAUGAGAGUGGAGAAAAUUUGAAAGUAGCAUUUCGUUUGUACAGAGGACCAUUGCUUAUCAUUCAAUUUUUAUUUCUCAUUGGUGUUAAUGUUUAUGGUUGGAGAUCCUCAGGGGUAAAUCAUGUCUUAAUAUUUGAAUUGGAUCCACGCAAUCAUCUCUCCGAACAACAUCUUAUGGAAUUGUCUGCAGUACUUGGAGUAGUAUGGACAUUAAGUCUAUUAAGUUUUCUUUACAGUACUAGUCUUAGUAUUCCGCCAUAUGUAAAUCCUUUAGCUCUUGUCUGUCUUAUGCUGGCAUUUUUUCUGAAUCCAUUCAAGAUUUUCCGCCAUGAAGCACGUUUUUGGUUACUCAAAAUCAUUGGUCGUGUUUUGGUAUCCCCAUUUGCAUACGUUAAUUUCGCAGAUUUUUGGUUAGCUGAUCAAUUAAAUAGUUUGACUACCGCUCUAUUGGACUUUCAUUUUUUAACAUGUUUUUACAUCACAAAUGGUAAUUGGCUUGAAGCAGGGAACACAAAGCAAUGUACAUCAGGAUCUUUGAUCCUCAGACCUAUUGUUAAUUGUCUACCGGCUUGGUUUCGUUUUGCACAAUGCUUACGAAGGUAUCGUGAUUCCAAAGAAGCAUUUCCACAUUUAGCAAAUGCUGGAAAAUAUUCAACUACCUUUCUAGUUGUUAUAGCUAAUACACUACAUAAUUAUCAUCAAGGUGAAUAUAGUAAUCAAUGGGAGAAUCCAUGGUUAUGGUCUUGGGUGGCAAGUUGCGUUGUUAAUUCAGUAUAUUCUUAUACAUGGGAUCUUAAGAUGGAUUGGGGUCUUCUGGAUAAUAAUGCUGGUGAAAACCGAUUUUUAAGAGAGGAAGUUGUUUAUUCUGCAGCGGGCUUUUAUUAUUUUGCGAUAAUAGAGGAUUUUGUGUUAAGAUUCAUAUGGGUCGCAAGUUUCAUUUUAAUACAAUGCGGACAUAUUUCCAAUGACUUAAUGACAUCUAUAGUUGCACCUCUUGAGGUUUUUAGGCGUUUUAUUUGGAAUUUCUUUCGAUUGGAGAACGAGCACUUGAAUAAUUGUGGUAAAUUUCGUGCUGUACGAGACAUUUCUAUAGCACCAAUCGAAAGUUCUGAUCAAACGCAAAUUCUUCGUAUGAUGGAUGAUGAAAAUGGUGUACUAAACAGAGGUAAACGUAAAGGUGGUGGUAAAAAGCAAGUAAAUACCAAGGAAGAAAAAAGAGCAUUGCUUAAGGAAACUAUUGAUAUUGAUAUAUCGAAUGCUAGUUAAAAUUAAUAGCAUUUUGUAGAGUUUCUUGAAUUAUGGAUGAUUAAGCAAUAUUAAUUCGAUUUUGUAUAAAACGUUAUAUCUACAGCAUACGUACAUAUAUAAAUAACAUAAUUGAAGACUACAAAGGUAAUGCAAUGCGUGUUAUGUGCCUUUUGUAUUAUUCCUAUAAAAUAUUCUCUAUUAACGUGUAAAUACUUAAUGGGAUAUGUCAUAAUAUUUUAUGAGUCAAGAGUCUUCCACUAUAAGAAUUUAAAAGGCACUUUAGAACAUGAUGGAUUUAUAUUAAUUUGUUAAUUUUCAUCUAAUGAGUACAAUCUUCGAUAUUUAUUAACAUAUACAUGCAUAAGUUUAAUUAAAGUUAUAUUAAAAUUUAAAGUGAAAGAGAAGUGAGCUCAUUCCAAAUGUUUGCGUUCCAAUCCCUUCAUAUUCUAUGCAUAUGUAUAUGUAUAUAUAUAAUAAUAUUCGCAUACAUUACACAUUCAAUAUAAAAUUAUAUAUUAAUAGUUUAAUAAUAAGGGUACCUUUUAUAUAGUCUGUUUAAAAUAUACAAAUACGCUUAGUGGUAAAUAAUUAAAUUUAAAUUCCAUAAGGGACACAAAGUGUAGUAUAUAAAAAUUAUAAAUGAAUGAUGCAAUUAUAGGUUUAAUUACAUUAUUCACAUUAUGAUUAGCUAAAUAGUACUUUAAAUAGUAAGACAAUAUUGUAGACAAUUUUGUUUAAUAUUAUUCUUUACUGUAACAAAUUUCAAAAAGCUCAAUAUUACUUGUUUGAAACAUUGAAAAAAGCAUAGUAACUUAUCAAUAAUAAAUGCUUGAGAUUAGCCAAAUUAAAAUCUAUGUAUAAUCAUCGUUGAUUUUCUAAAAAUUACUGCAUUUAUAACAAAGUGUACUUAUCGAAUUUGCACAAAAUUUGCUUAAAAAUUUUAUUGAACGAAUAAUUGCAUUUUUAUUAUCUUGUAUUUUUUUGAUUCAUAAAAUUAUAUUAAAUCAAUGUUAGUUUUAUUUUUUAGUUAAAAAAAAUUACUAAAAACUUCAGAUUUUAUUAGUGUAUUCAAAUUUAUUAAUAUAUACAGAUUUAUUAAUGUAUUCGAGAGUUAAUUAAUGUAUAAGAGUAGAUAAAUUGUAUGUUAUUGUAUAAAGUAUAAGCUAUUGUAAUAUUACAUUUAUACAUACAAAAGGUAGUUUAUAUAUUAUAAUGAUUUCAUUCAUUUUAUUUUUUUUCAACAUGCGAUAUUAAAUGAUUUGAAUUAAAUGAUAUAAAAAAUAAGUUUUGAUACAAAACCAACUCUAGAUGUGAAAUAAAAUAAUUAAAAUAUUUUUGCUUGUUUUUAAUUUAUAUAUAGAAUUAUACAAAAGGUAUAAAUUGAUUUAUAAAUUGUACCUUUGUCUACAAUAGUUUUAGUUUCAAUGAAUUUCAAUUAUUUCUUAUAAAUUGGGUAUUAUAAUCUGAUCAAUGUAAUUAUUUUAUAUCUAUUUCUAUAUACAUUGUUGUAUCAACAAUUGACAUAUGUUGUAUUAAAUAAAUGUCACAUUACUUUCCUCUGCCACUCAAUAUCUACGUCACAUGUCACAUAACAUGAGUUAUACCUUAUGAUAUGUUGUUACGUUCCUAACUUAACCCUGACGCUACUUUUCUCCACUACAUAUGUUUUUUCCAUUUUUUCCUUUAUGGCAACGGAGCAUAAACAUAACUCCUGUCACGUGGUGCAAGUGACGUAAAAGUGGCAGUGGAGCUAAUGUGACGUCACGUAUUCUCUUGUGAAGGAACUCUCCCCAUUAACUAUGGUUCUGACUCAAAUAUUCUUAUACGAUAUGAUUUUUUAACUGUAUCAAUAAUUUUGCCGAAUCGGCGUCAAUAAAUUGUGAUGUUUAUAAA